CCCUCUCCCCGUUCUCUUUUCUAGGGUUUUCUUGAGCAAACUACACUUCCCAGAAUUCCUUUUCUUUUUCUUUUUUCCUUCGUCUCUCUCUCUCUCUCUCUACCUUGGCGGGAAGUUUUCAAAUUCGUUUUGCACGUUUAUCUUCCUAAUGUUAAAAAAGAUAAGAAAAAUCUGUGGUGAUAAAUAGCGAAAUUCCCAUCAAUCAAUGGCUACCGUCGGAUCUUUACUCAAAAGAUCGAGGGUCCGCCACUUCUGCAAUCUGCUACUCCAGCAGCGCCCACAUGUUUCCCUUCGAUCCCAGCCGUUGACAUCGUCGCCGGACAAUGCCGAACAUCGAUGCUCACUGACGGCGCCGAUGAACCCCACCUUGUCAAAUCCCCAAUCUCGUGAAGCCUUCGUCCGGCAAGUGAUGGACGCUAUGCUCCAAGACAGGCCCUUUGACGGCACGUCUGGGUGCUUCCGCCGCGUAUGGACCGUUGACGCCGUCCGCGAGGUCUUGAGGGCAGUCCCGAUGCUCUUCUUCCAGAGCGCACGGUCCGUCGGCCGGCAGAAGGGGUUCCGGAGGCGUUCCCCUCUCAAGCAGCGGGACCUACGGCAAGAAGCCGAGGGCUCGCGCAAUGGGCUACGCCUUGGCGGGCCUGCAGCUUACAGAGACCCCGUCAGAGUCGAGCAGGGGGUGGACAGAGCUAUGGAGUUCUUCUCUUGGGUCGAAAGCGAAUGCGGGUUUGUUCAUGUGGAGGCCACUUGUCGGGAGAUGGCGUAUGUCCUGGCAAAGGGCAAUAGCUUAAAGAAGCUCUGGCAAUUUCUCCGGGAGAUGGCCGGAAGGAGUGGGAAUCUUCUGACUACGGCUACCUUGACCUGCGUCAUAAAGUUUCUUGGAGAGGAGGGCCUGGUGAAGGAGGCAUUGGCAGCAUUCUACCGAAUGAAGCAGUUCCACUGUAAGCCUGAUGUGGUCGCUUACAACACGAUCAUUUGUGCCCUUUGUAGGGUUGGCUUUUUCAAGAAGGCAAGGUUCUUGUUGGAUCAGAUGGAAAUGCCGGGCUCUAGAUGCCCGCCCGACACGUUUACGUACACGAUCUUAAUUGGGUUUUACUGUAAGCAUAGCCUGCAGACAGGGUGCCGCAAGGCCAUUAGGAGGCGGUUGUGGGAGGCCAACCAUUUGUUCCGAGACAUGCUUUUCAAGGGUUUUGUACCAGACGUUGUGACCUUCAAUUGCUUGAUUGAUGGCCUCUGCAAGACGUAUCGGAUCGGUAGGGCGCUUGAGCUCUUCGACGAUAUGCUUCAGAAGGGUCUCACUCCCAACAGGGUCACUUACAACUCCUUCAUUAGAUACUAUAGUGCUGUUAAUGAGAUAGAUAAGGCCAUUGUGAUGAUGAGUAGCAUGAGGUCACGAAACCAUGGGAUACCCACUUCAAGUUCUUAUACCCCAAUCAUCCAUGCGCUUUGUGAAGCGAGAAGGCCGUUGGAAGCACGGGAUUUGCUGGUUGAGAUGGUUGAUGGAGGAUCUGUUCCUCGCGAUUACACGUAUAAAUUGGUUCGUGAUGCUCUAAGUCUAGCUGCCGAAGCUAGUUUGCCAGAUGACCUCUGUCAAAGAAUUGAAGAUGGGAUAAGUAAUAGAUAUCAGCAUGUGAUGCGGGUGAAGCCUAUGAUGGCAAACAAAGGUGGAAUAUUACAUGGGGAAACAUAAGGGUGGAACCUACGUUGAUUUCUCCUGUGAGGGUUGCAUGGAUAUCCUCAGACUGACAUUCAUUGCAGUUGACUCAUAAACAAUGGGAACUGAAUUGGAUCAUGAUAUGUUACCUGAGGGGGGGGGGAGAUUGAGCAGCUUGCUUUUCAGUAUCCAGGGACUUCGCUGAACAAUUUUAUUUCGCCUGUCUUUCUUGCUUUGUAAGGUUUUUAAUCCUGAUGUGAUGAAAAAACUUUCCCAUUAUACCAUUUGAGAUUUGCUUAUGAGAUCGUGUUGUGAAAUGAAGUUUUCUUUA